AUGGUCGCCUUAUUAGUCGCCUCCUUCACCACAAUCGUCAGCCGAAUUACAAUCCUCCUCAUUCGGUUCCGGCAGAGCCGCCCAAUUUCCACGGCGGCGACUCUGCUUAUCCAGGAAGAGUCCGAUUACGACACCGAAUCUAAAUCCGGGUCCGAAUCCGAGUUCUCAGACGAAGAAACUGAUGAGGAAUUUGAAGAGGAAGAAGUAGAUUCCGACGGCGAUGAAGAUUUCAGUGUGCGGGGGUCGUUGAAAUUCAAGCGGCGGCUCCAGCGGCAGAGCAGCAGCAUUGGGGAUUUUUUUCUCUUGGCCGAAAUUCGCGAACGGGACGACGAGCAGCGUGGUCAAGCUCUGGGACAAUUUGGGCCUUGGAAUGGAGGGAGAGGCGAAUCUGCGGUCGAUCUUCGGGGCAGGGAGCGAGAUGCUCUUCCCCGGGGCGGCGGUUUCGGCGCCGGCGGUGAUAGUGUCGGCGGAGACGAACAUGGUGGGGGACCUACUGAGGGUGUGGGACAGUCGGGUCGGGUGCCGGAUCCCGCAGAUGCUGGCGGAGUGGCGGCCGAAGCUGGGGAAGAUCGUCGGCGUCAACGCCGCCGGGUUUUUGGAGAAGGUGUACGUCAAGGAGGAGGAUGA